CUUACAUACUAAAAAGGAACCAGAAGCUUCUGUAUCAUCCGAAGGCUUCUUGUUGGUGUUGGAUAAACUCAAGGCUUCAUUUAUGGACCCUUUUGAUGACAUUCUUUCUGAUCCUAGCAUCUCGUCCCGAACUGGGAGUAGAUUUCAACCAAAGAUCAAACCACGUCCUAAAAAGCCAACUUUGGCACCACAAUCGUGUACUCAUUCUCAGGAUAAGAAGGAAACAGUCUCAGAUGCUAAAUCUUGUCACGAUGGUAGAGGAAAUACAAAAUCAAUCCAAUCGUCAUCCCAACUUCCUGUGAUAGAGGAGAACAAGGAAUCUGAAGAUGAUAUGCUCUUGGCUACCGCAAGAUCUGAUUUCAUCAGUUCACAUCCUCCCUCUGUGGAAAGUGCUAAAAUGGUAGACUCUAUGCAGCUUGAUUUUGAUUCUUGUGGCAGGAUUCUUCCUUCGGGCUCUACUACCGAUGAUCCAGCUGGAGUGAAAAAAUUGACUGAUACCAGAAAUUCGGGAAUAUUGAAUUAUUCCACUCCAAGUUCCUCUACAGCUCAUGAGGCUACGGUUUUGGAUCAAAGUGGACUAGGAUCAAUUCAAACUGAGGACAGACAUUUCAGUGAUGGCAAAAUUCCGGAAGAGAAUAUUGAUAUAUUUUACGAAUUGGAAUACCUAGAUGAUUUUCAUAACCAACCAAAGAAUGAAGCAGAUCCUGCAAGCCUUAAGCAAGCAACCAUCUCCAGUGAUGAUGGAGAUCUGGAUAAACAAAGGUUGGAAAUCGAGGAACGUGGGGCAGGGGCUGAUAUCACCAUGGAUACAAUAAGUUCUGGUGACACUAGUCCAUCUGAACAACCUGAUUGCAAGUAUACAACAAAGCCCAAAAUAAGAACUGCAGAAGAAGACGCUUGCAUGGAAAUAUCUCAGCCUGAAAUCUCUAACAUGCUUCCACCAUCUCCACAAGUUAUUUCUCAUGAUACUAGGUGCAUGCAUGACACCUCAAUUGGUUCUGAUUUUGAUGGCAUUCUGAAUGAUUCAUCGAUCAACUUUGAUGGUUACACUCCUGUCAACCAGCAUACUGAAGCACCAGUUAAUGUAGAGCCAUUAGCAUUUGACUCUUAUGAUGACAUACUGGUGGAUGAUUUUAAUUCAGAUGAUCAAGAUCCGUCAAGAGAAGUGAGUGGUAAGACUGGCGAAGGAAAACCUUCAAUGGAAUCAAAUAUUUCUCAGCCGCAAGAGAUGUUCUCCCAAGUUGGUGAAGAAAUCGAGCAGAGCAAAACUUCGAGGAAGUCAAGAAAGAAGGUUUCUCAUCAACCUGAUGAGCCAGAAGAUGGUGUUGACGAGAAUAGGAAUUUCCCCAAUGAAACCUCAAAAGCUGGCACAUCUCGAGGAAAAAAAGCUUCAAAAAAGUCUUCAAAACCAUCUAGUGAUAGUGAAAAACCAGCUCGGAAGCGCAAGCAGUCUAAUAAAUCAGUUCCCGAUACUCAAGCCGAAAAGCGUCCUAAGAAGUUCUCCCAUUCAACUCGUCGGAAUAGAAGGCAAGUAAACAAGGUUUUGCUGGAAACUCCGGAGGAUGAAAUUGACUUUCAAAAGAUAAGUUUUAGGGAUCUCAUUAUUUAUCACGAGUACAAGGAGAAGUUAGAGAAGAAAGAGGCAAGCAUGAGAAAAUCAGCAACCAAUCAGAGAACUGACACUGCCGGUGUGGAAAGUUUCAAUGAUGGAGAGGAAAGCCUUGCUUCUGAACAAGGUAGAGGUACCGAUGAUGAGGAAACCCCUGAUGUAGUUGACAUGACUUCUGCUUACUUUAAUUACCAUUCUUUCAUGGACAAAACACCACGUAUAAAGUGGUCAAAGCACGAUACAGAGCGUUUUUAUGAGGCUGUUCGACAAUUCGGAACGGAUUUUUGUAUGAUACAACAGUUGUUUCCAGGCAAAACACGCCAUCAAAUUAAACUAAAAUUCAAAAAUGAAGAACGCCAUCAUCCAUUUCGCUUAUCUGAUGCUGUAACUAAUCGUGCCACAGACCACUCCCAAUUUUUAUCGUUGAUUGGGCAGCUGAAAGAAGCUGCUAAUAAGGCAAAACAAGAGUCCAAUCAAGAUGAAUUGACUGAAAAUACUGGGGACGAGGAACUCCCAGAGUUGUCUCCUGAAACUAAUGAGGAAGUGGCAAAACCUGAAGGAGAAGAAGUGCAGGAGACAGGAAAGGAAGAAUGUGUUGGUGAACUUCACAGUCCAUUAAAGGCCGAUGAAAAUGAAAGCGAUGAGGAUGACCCUCAUAGGUGGGAUGAAUAUAAAUUUGAUUUUUAAUUUUCCACUUUUUCCUCUCAGUCUUUUUACUUGUAGUUCAAUUCUUGGUGGG